AUGGGCGACUACCAAUCCUUCGACGACAUGCCGUCCUUGGCGCCUCUCCAGAUCACGCCGCAGAUGAUGGCACAGGCGCAGCAGCGGGCGAGUGAGGCGCCGGCGCCGGCGCCGUGGGCACCGCCACCGCAGCAGCAUGUGGUUGCGCCGCCGAUGCCAGCUGACGACGGCGGCGACCAGCUCGACUCUCUGGCGCAGAUGUUUCCCGACUACGACCGCGACGUCCUCGCCUCCAUCCUGGCUACCUGCGGCGGAGGGAUCGAGGAGGCGAUCCAGCAGCUGCUCGAGAUGUCGGGUGGCGGCGGCGGCGGCGGCGGCGGCGGCGGCGGCGGCGGCGGCGAGUACGACUCGGACGAGGCGAUGGCGAUGGCGCUCUUCAAGCAGUUUGCAGACGACCUGGUCCAACAGCUCGGCCGGCCGGUUCCGCCGGAGGUGCGUGACGACCCGGUCAAGUACGAGGCAUUCAUCCGCGAGCAGUUUGAGCGCGAGCUCGGCAACAGCGACUCGCGCCUCGCCAGCCAGGCGCUGGCCAUGUACGAGUCGCAGGGGCCGCGCGGCGGCGGCGGCGGCGGCGGCGGCAAACCGGCGGACAAGGAGGGCUUCCUCGAGCGCAUGCGCAAGAACUUUGAGAGCCGCAGGCGGCACGGCGUCGAGGCGGACGGGGGGAGCGCAUCUGACAUCAGAUUAGAUCACACUACAUGA